GACCACUUCUUCAAAUACGCCUCUGUGGGGCGUGCCGGUGUCUUCUGCUCAUGUGCGCUAGCUAUUUCGUCCCUAACCUUCCAUCAGACUUUGUAAUUUAUAUUUUAAUAUGGAAAUCGAUUGCUCCAUGUCUAUUCUUGUGAAAUAGGUCAGUUUUACUGUUCACGUUAUUUUAAAGAAUAUGGCGCUAAUAUUAGUAUGGAUGUUGUUAUUGGCUAAAACGGUAUUAGGUCAUGUUUACAAUGCGGUUGAAACGGAAAUGUUUGCUAUACCAAUCAGCCCUAACUUAUUUAACUGGACCUACCAGGAAUUCGACCAGCAGUACCGUUUCCAUGCUUCGUUGAUAGGCAAACCCGAGUUACCAUCUUGGCUGCGAUACAUAUACAGCGGGAGACACCACUCCGGGUUUAUUUUCGGCACACCGCCACGCAACACCAAAACACCGAUCACUUUGGAAGUUAUUGGUUUAAAUAGACAAGACUUUGAAACACGACGAGUGCUAUUGAAUCUUAAAGUUCAACCCAAAGAGAAUAUGGCGAAGCACGAGGUUGAAUUAAAAAUUGACAAUCUAAAUGUCGAAGACCUAUUGGAUGAGCACAGAAUGACACGCCUUAAAGAUAUUCUUAGAACGAAACUAUGGACGGAGAGCAGCAAAGAUUUGUAUCCAACUUUCCUUGCGUCUGCAAUUGAUUUAGGGGCGAGAUUGCCGUUAAAACCGAGUGAUGGAGAGGGGCUCGUAGUCAGGUUAGGUAGUUCAGUGCCAUUCUCCUCUGAGUUAAAGCGCCUGAGAGAAGAAGUCCGUCCACUUUCCCGUUUGCCGAGCUGUCCUCGAGAUUACAAGCGGACCACUGUCGAAAGACUCUUCAGAGAUGCUGGACUUAAUCUGGACUGGUGCAGUUUCGAAUUGUACAACACAAUCUACAAACAACGCACGACGGAGCACCUCGAGUACCUGACGGAGGCGACGGAGGCGAGCGCGCCGGCGCGCGGCGGGCCCGCGGCGCGCGCGUGGGCGGGGCCGGCGCGCGCCGCGCUGCCGUCGCGCUCGCUGGCGCGCGCGCUGUGGGCGGCGGCCGCGGGCCCGCUGGCGCUGCUGCUGCUCUGUGCCGCCGCGCUCUCCGCCGCGCUCUGCCUGCACUACGCCACCGUACGUGACGCUGUUUCAGAGAGAUUUGUUGACGAAAUUUAUCAUAUCUGCGAAGAUUACAGAAACCGAAGAGCUCAUAAAUCUGCUAAAGUGGAACUGUGCAGAUACGGAACUGGCAACACCGAGCAGACACAAGCAGAUAACAAUAGUAACAAAAGUGUGGGAGUAAGCCCCAAUAACAGUCUCGUCAGACCGUACAGUCCAAAAUCGACAACCAACCUCGCUGCUAACUACAACCGCCCUCAACCACCUCCUUACAUCGGCUCUACCACCAACUCCCUCCACCACAGGAAACCAACCGACAAAACUCCAACAAGCUGUCACACACCUGAACCCAACCGAGGACACAUGGCCUUGGAAGAAUCAUUAAAACUCCUAAACGAAGCAAAUAUUUCAAGCGAAUUCGACAAUUUAAUUCUCCGUGAUCAAAUAGUCGACCCGAACGACGGUUCAGAUGAUUACGUACCAAUAAAAUCGGAAUCGGCGGGUUAUUUGUCGAUGAAGCCGGAUAAAACUGGUUAUGUCAACAUGAAACCGGAUCUGGACGAUAUCGUUGUACCGGAAUUGGCUAAAUAUGGAAUUUCUGGCAUUGGACCGAUUUGACAUGAAGCUGACGGUUCGCAGCCGCAAGUCAAAACUUGGUUUUGUUAACCAAUCCAUGACUGGUUCGGAAUAAUAUUUAUCAAACAUGUCUAAUCAAGUAAGAAGCACGAUAAAUAUAAACGUGUAGUUGUACCAAUAAAAUUAGCCAAUAACGUGUUGAAUAGGGAAAUUACCGGACUAUAAUAACGACUGGUUCGA